AUAUAUAUAUAUAUAUAUAUUUGUUUAUUUAUCCGCUCCUUUCUUCACGUCGAUUUCUAAUUGCUCCACGUCAAAAAGUCGAACAAUCUGAACUUUAGGUCCAUUAGAUUCUCCGAUUUUGUCUUGAGUUCUCUGAGGUUAUAUUAUGUAAUAAGGAAGAAGAAGAGGGAAGAACACUGAAUCAAACGGCUCACAGAAACGGAGAUCUCAUAGUUAUUACUGUUCUUUUGCUGCUGACGGGGCCGAUCAAAAUCAAAUCUUUCUCUGGUUCAGAUUUGUCAGUUUGCACGGUUUGAUGUGUAAACUGUUCAAUUUUGGAUCACUUAAUUGCUAAUGCAAUCGACUGAUGCAAAUGAAAAGGAGAAGACUUUGAAACGUCGGAGAUCACUUUCUUUCGACAUGCCAGUAACUGAUCCAGCUACGGUACAACCAUUAGAUGACUGCUUCGUUUUUCCUGUUGAAGAAAUUGUCCAAUACCCAUUGCCAGGUUUUGGAGCUCCAACAUUGGUUAGCUUCAGUCCUGAUGAUAGCUUGGUGGCAUACUUAUUUAGUCCUGAUCAAAGUUUGAACAGAAAUCUCUUUGUGUUUGAUCUGAAAAGCCGCAAGCAAGAAUUGUUUUUCAGUCCUCCAGAUGGUGGACUUGAUGAGAAUAACUUAUCUGCAGAAGAGAAGUUGAGGAGGGAGAGGUCAAGGGAACGUGGAUUGGGGGUAACUCGCUAUGAAUGGGUGAAGACAAGCUCGAAAAAGAAGGCUGUUAUGGUGCCAUUACCUGUUGGGAUAUAUAUCCAGGAUUUUCAUCUGCAGCCAGAGCUUAAGAUUCCAAGUGUAGCAUCUUCUCCAAUUAUCGAUCCACACAUCUCCCCAGAUGGAACCAUGCUUGCAUAUGUCAGAGAUAGUGAGCUUCAUGUGUUAAACCUUUUAUACAACGAUUCAAAGCAGUUGACAUCCGGUGCUGAUGGAAUCAAUCUAAUGCAUGGUCUUGCAGAAUAUAUAGCACAGGAGGAGAUGGAACGAAAGAAUGGUUACUGGUGGUCACUGGACAGCAAGUUCUUGGCAUUUACACAGGUUGAUUCAUCUGAGAUACCUCUUUUCAGAAUCAUGCACCAAGGUAAAAGUUCUGUUGGUUCAGACGCACAGGAGGACCAUGCUUACCCUUUUGCUGGGGGGCCCAAUGUCAAAGUGCGCCUUGGGGUGGUUUCUGUCAUUGGAGGUCCUGUGGUGUGGAUGGAUCUUCUCUGUGGAGAAAAGGUCGAAGCUGAUGGUGAUGAGGAAUAUUUAGCAAGAGUAAACUGGAUGCAUGGAAAUGUUCUUACUGCUCAGGUUUUGAGUAGAUCGCAUUCUAAGCUCAAAAUCCUCAGGUUUGACAUCAAAACAGGCUGUAGGAAAGUACUUGUGGAAGAAGAGCAUGAGACAUGGAUCACUCUGCAUGAUUGCUUCACCCCUUUGGAUAAAGGACUCAAUAAAUACCAUGGGGGAUUUAUUUGGGCGAGUGAGAAAACAGGAUUUAGACACCUGUAUCUUCAUGACUCAAAUGGAGUUUGCUUGGGACCUAUAACUCAAGGAGAUUGGAUGGUUGAGCAAGUUGCUGGAGUAAAUGAGGCUGCUGGCCUCGUAUACUUUACAGGAACUUUAGAUGGCCCUUUAGAGUCUCAUCUAUAUUGUGCUAAAUUGUUUCCAGAUGCAAGCUGUCCAUUGGAGGCCCCAUUGAGAUUAACUCGAGAAAAGGGAAAACAUAUAGUUGUCCUUGACCAUCAACUGCAUAGUUUCAUAGAUAUUCAUGAUUCACUGGAUACACCUCCAAGAAUAUCUCUUUGCUCCCUACAUGAUGGCAGCUUAGUUAUGCCUUUGUACGAGCAACCACUGAGCAUUCCCAGGUUCAAAAAGCUCCAGAUUGAGCCUCCACAGAUAGUUCAGAUACCAGCAAAAGAUGGGACUGCUUUAUAUGGGGUGCUAUACAAGCCUGAUCCUUCAAGAUUUGGACCACCACCAUAUAAAACUAUGAUUCAAGUCUAUGGUGGUCCCAGCAUACAGCUAGUCUGUGAUUCCUGGGUGAACACUGUAGACAUGAGGGCUCAGUACCUUAGAAGCAAAGGCAUCCUAGUAUGGAAGAUGGAUAACAGAGGAACUGCUCGACGGGGACUCAAAUUUGAAGGUGCACUGAAGUAUAAUUGUGGCCAUAUUGAUGCUGAAGAUCAAUUAAGCGGAGCUGAAUGGCUAAUAAAAAAUGGACUAGCUCACCAAGGCCAUAUCGGAUUGUACGGAUGGAGCUAUGGCGGAUACCUCUCAGCUAUGUCUUUGGCAAGGUUUCCUGAAUUAUUUCGGUGUGCUGUUUCUGGUGCCCCAGUAACAUCAUGGGAUCGGUAUGAUACAUUUUACACUGAAAAGUACAUGGGUUUGCCCGCUGAAAAUCCGUCAGGUUAUUUGUAUAGCUCUGUGAUGCAGCAUGUGGAGAAAAUCAAGGGGAAGUUGCUGCUCGUGCAUGGUAUGAUUGAUGAAAAUGUGCAUUUUAGGCACACUGCAAGGCUUGUAAAUGCGUUGGUGGCUGCUGGUAAGCCUUAUGAGUUGUUGAUAUUUCCUGACGAGCGGCACAUGCCCCGCCGGCAUAGGGACCGUAUAUAUAUGGAAGAGAGGAUAUGGGAUUUCAUUGAGAGGAAUUUGUGAUGAAUGAGCCAGUUGUGAUUCAUUGUUCCAGUUGGUUCUGUCCCUCAUCAGGUUGAGAAACUCUUGUAGUCUCAGUUUCAUACUUUCAUCUCUUCCCGUUCUUUUUCCAUCCCCUUUUCGGGAUUCUCUGGCAAUAAAGGAAAAAAAGGCCUUUUUUUCUUCUUUUGAUUCGCUGAACAAUUUUAGCUGUGUCCAAUACCCAGAACUUGUAAUUGAGCUUUGUAUUGGCUCCCAUGUACCAUACGUGCUCGUGUACAAAAUUUACGAGUAAACUCUGCAUUUGUUGAGAGACACCGGAAUAACAUUGCAGUUUAUUCUUUUCUUUUGUA